ACGAGAAACUCCACUUCUUGGUUGACAGAUAAACUUUCCAAUAGCAAGGAAGGAGGCGGGACUUCAAUAUCUUCUCGGAGAGAGGUUCGUGGACAUCUGCGCUUGGUUGGUCCUGAAAAUAUGUAUCGGCUUCGGGCAUCUCAGUAUAAUCUACCUGCUGCAAUCGUUCGUGUCUUCGAUUAAAAAAACGCCUAGACGUUAUGUAAACACAUGCACCGAAGCCAUCGACCAGUGAUAACGAACAGCUUUAGAUACUUAUCUUUUAGGCGUGUACUGUACCGUAAUGGAGAAGGAAAAUGUAGCUAUCUAGCCAAAUUGCUAACACGGAGGACCCAACACCAAACCUUCGUAUGGAGAUUAAAACGGGUAUCAUCAAUCUAAUCUAUCAACGGGGGACAUUCAACCGUUUUGGGAUUUAUUCACUCAAGGAGCCGGUGUGAAUCCACAUAGCUACAGGAGCUGUGUCCCAGCAGACGUCUAGAGGCCGUGCAAAGACGUAUCUGACUACAGAGAGGACGAUCACCAGUGACACGCCAGCGGGGUGGAGAGAGAGGCCGUGCCUGUUGGAAAACCUGUUGGAUCUUUUAUUACAGAUUAUCACACUGCUCUCCUAACUGCCACUCUCCCCCUUUACACACACACACAGAAUCACACACACUCCUCUAGAAGUAGCCCUAGAGAGUCACAUAAACGUCUCGCAGUCACUCAGACACGCCCUCCGAGACCCAGAGUUGCUUCCCAGGGGUCGUAGUGGGAGGGUGUGCCCCCCCCUCUCGGUGCACUCCGCUGGGGGACGGAAGUAGAGGAAUGGCCCUGGGGGAAUGGGAAUGGCUGGCUGGCUGCCUCGCUCAGUGAGACGGCGGCUUAUGUAACUAACGGCCCUCCUCAUCGUCCUCUCCUUGGCUAGCUAACGCAGCUGGGCCUUGGAUGUCCACAGGCACUGGGGAGGAGCUCUUCAUCAAUCUCCACUAGGGAGAUCCAGCUUCUAAUUUUCAGGCCCUUCCUCUCUGGGUUCAACGUCACAUUGUUUUGUUUUUUUUUAUCCUUUUUUUGUUUGUUUUUCUUUAACCAUUUUCCAGGAGGAUCUUUCAGGGUGUUUCGGAUAUGUGCCCCCUCAUGGACUCCUGCAGGUUACAGGGACACACACAAUUUGACCUGUGUACACGUCUUCUUCCACCCACACCUGUAGCAGGUGGGAUCGACCUCUGAGACCUCCCGCUUGUCUCCCGUUGGCUCAGGGAUGCCCCGACCAGGAAGACCAACGUCUGAGCGUCCGCCUACGAGCACAUUGGCGUUUUGAAAAUGCUGUUUGGACUGAAGGGACAGCCAUUUUUAUUUAGUGAGGAAACUAGCUGACUCCCAGAGCAACUACAGGACUGCCUGAUAUUAGUCUCCGCUGAUUUUUCGCUCUUGUUUUGAUGUUGUUUUGUUUUCCCCAUCUCAUCUGAGGAUUGAGCCAACCAGGGAGACAAGAAUCCCACUUGGACACAAUCAAAGACCAUUUUGCUCUCCUUUUCUCUCCUCUUUCUCUCUCUGUUUACACAGUAGACCAGCUACAGUGAGACCUUUCUAUCGAGGCAGAAAAUAAACUGCUAUGUUGCGAUCUUUUUACGUCUUGACCCGCAUCAAAUCAAAAACCUUGCAAUCAAUCUCUACCUCUCGAUCGCUCCAUCCCCCUUUUUAAAACAUCUGUGUCAGAGCCACAUUCAUACUCAGUCGGUCACAGACAAGAGUAGCGUACAGACGGAACCAUACAAUCUGCAGACGGAACCAUACAAUCUGCAGACGGAACCAUACAAUCUGCAGACGGAACCAUACAAUCUGCAGACGGAACCAUACAAUCUGCAGACGGAACCAUACAAUCUGCAGACGGAACCAUACAAUCUGCAGACGGAACCAUACAAUCUGCAGACGGAAGCAAUCUGUCAUCUUCGUCUGGAAGGGGAGAAGGUUAUUGGGUCUGAAUGUCAUUGAACUGAACCAGAGGUCGUUCAAAUAUUAAGUUAUUGAUCCGGGCUUUCAUUGAACAGGGAAUGUAUAGCAGGUCAACCAAAGCGAUCUGCCUCAUCCUCUGUACCUAACUGACCUUUUGACCCCUCAAAGUUGAGUUGUUGUUUAAAAAAAAAAAGUCUUAAGGACUAGAUGAGGGUGAGCUUGUAAUGAAUAAAGAGGAAAUGUACGUUUUUAAAACGGCUUCACCAAAUCAUAUACAUUAUGCUUUACUGAGACAUCCUACUUCUUUCCUUUAGAAAAGGGAGGGUCCAAGAUUUUUCUAAACCCCACCGAAACGAUCAAGCCAUAUCACAGCUUUUACAUUUUUUUUUUUAUUGCACAAUUUUAUUUUUGUAUCGUACAAUCACUACGCCUUCAAUUAGGUUAUUUACCUCUCGCACGCGCACAUUUCUUGAUAUUCCUUUUAAAAACGUCAAGAUAUUUACCCAAAUCCACUGUAAGGAACCAUUUUUAAAGACUAAAGUGGAGAAACCAAGCAAUUUAAAAGCAUCAGCCUUGAGAUUGACCCACAUUUGAGCAGAGCUUGUCGUUGUCGUCCUCCUGUAUAAAGCCAGUACUUCAAGCAUAUAGCUUCAUGUUCCAGUCUACUUUUUAUGUUGACCUGUGUGUUGAAACAAAAGGCCUUCUAGUGGAGUUUCUUUAAGCCUUUAGCUGUCAGAGUCCAACUCAAUCAACCCCCCCCCCCCACCCCCCCCCCCCCCCCUAUCUCUGUCUUAUCUCCCCCGUUUCAAAUACCCUCUGUCUUAUCUUACCCCCUCCUCUCAGACGAGGCCGAAGGUCAAGUUGAAUAGACACUCGACAACUUUAAGCAGAGGGACGGAGUUGUUUUAUGAACACGCGGUUUAGGGAGGGCCGAUCUAGCUCCCUUUCUCUUCAUCCCCCUCUUUCCGGUGAACAUGCAGAGACGUGGGUCUUCUCUCGUCCUGGUCCGAUUGAGAAGGGGACUCCUCUACCUCCCUCUCUAACCCCGUCAAUCCCUCUCCCUCUCUCUCUCUGUGCCCUUUCUCUUAAUCUCUCCCUCGCUCUUUAUCUAUAAUCCAUCCCUCCAUCCACACACCCCAGACAAAUCCCCCUCCCUCCCUGGGUAUUCCCCUCCCCUCUCCCCCUGUGUGAUGCCGGGCAGCAGUAAGAGUGGAGGUGUGGGUGGCCUCCCCUCGCCCCCCCACACCGCCUCCCCGUCCCGGCCACUUCGCCCGUCCCGCUACGUGCCCGUGUCAGCGGCGACAGCCUUCCUGGUGGGAUCCACCACGCUCUUCUUCUGCUUCACGUGUCCAUGGCUGUCGGAGCAGUUCUCGGUUGCCGUGCCGAUCUACAACGGUGUCAUCUUCCUGUUCGUUCUGGCCAACUUCUGCAUGGCCACCUUCAUGGACCCGGGCAUCUUCCCCAGAGCGGAUGAGGAUGAGGACAAGGAGGAUGAUUUCCGCGCUCCGCUUUACAAGACGGUGGAGAUCCGAGGCAUCCAGGUCAGGAUGAAAUGGUGUUCCACCUGCCGCUUCUACAGACCGCCCCGCUGCUCACACUGCUCUGUGUGUGACAACUGUGUGGAGGACUUUGACCACCACUGCCCGUGGGUGAACAACUGUAUCGGCCGGAGGAACUACCGCUACUUCUUCCUGUUCCUGCUGUCCCUGACGGUCCACAUCAUGGGAGUGUUUGGCUUCGGCCUGCUCUACAUCCUCUACCACACACAGCAGCUGGACAGGGUCCACUCUGCCGUCACUAUGGCAGUGAUGUGUGUGGCUGGUCUCUUCUUCAUCCCGGUGGCUGGUCUCACUGGCUUCCACAUGGUACUGGUGGCCCGGGGUCGGACCACCAACGAACAGGUGACGGGGAAGUUUAGGGGAGGAGUGAACCCUUUCACUAAUGGCUGUUGGAAGAACGUUUCUCACGUGCUCUGCAGCUCCCAAGCGCCCAGGUACCUGGGGAGGAAGAGGAAGCCUCACAGUGUGGUUGUCCAGCCUCCGUUCCUCCGGCCACAGCUCACUGACACCCAGCUGGCCGCCAAGGUCCUCGACAACGGUAUCCACGGAGACCUCCACCGGUCUAAGAGUAGUCUGGAGAUGAUGGAGAGUCAGUCGUGCGAUGCGGAGCCCCCUCCUCCUCCCAAACCAGAGCUCAGGUACCCCGCCCUGUCCAGAGGCCACCAGGGACAACACACCGAGGAGAGUAGUCUUCUGAACAAAGCCCCGCCCACACCCACCAUGUAUAAAUACAGGCCGACCUAUAGCAGUCCAGGAAAGAACCACACUGCCCUUACCCAUGCCUACGCCAACCAGAUGAGUCGAGGGGACAGUCUGAAGGAGUCGUCUUCUCUGCUCCAGUCCAGCCAGCAGCCUGGCUUCCGCUCUGAACCCAGCCUGGAUGGGAGAGAGGCCCCAGGGGAGAGAGGGGGAGGAGGAUUGGGAGGAGGUGGAGACAGACCUGGAGGAGGGGGGGCACCAGGGUCAGGGGGUGGCGGUAUCCCCGGUUACUCUCUAGGGGGACGUUCCUACCCCUCCUUUUCAGACCCAACGGUUCUAUCCUCCGGUGGAGGGGGAGGUGCUUCCCAUUCUUCCAGCAUGCGUUCUGGCUCCGCCCACAACGCAACGCAUGUCUCCGAGGCAACGACCUCCACGAGCUACAAGAGCCUGGCCAAUCAGACGCCUCCUCCGCGCAACGGCAGCCUAUCGUACGACAGCCUGCUCACGCCCUCCGAGAGCCCCGACUUUGAGUCGGCCGCACCCGACAUGUCGCCCGGGCACCACCGUACCCCGGCACCACCCCCCAUCCUGGGGUACUCCUCCCCCUACCUGUCGGCCCAGCUCAGCCAGCAGAGAGACGCAGAGCUCCACCAGCCCUCCGCCUCCUCCGUAGCCCUCCUCUCCUCCCCACACCGCGCCCACUAUCUCCAGGAAUCGCAUCCCCACUCCCACCACUCUCAGCCCCCUCCCUCCUCCGCGGCCCCCCAGCCCCCCCACCCACACCACCACCAUCAUCACCACCACCACCACCACCAUAGCAGCCACAGCUCCAGACCCCCCCGCUUCUCCCGGCCCCCGCUCCUGUCCGACUCUGCCGCCCACUACCCGUACCGCACCCGGUCCACGGACACCCCCCUGGCCCCCUCCACGCACCCCCCGCGCUCCCCCCACCCCCCGCCGCUGGGGAAGUCUCUGUCGUACUCUUCGGCGGCGGCGGCGGAGAUGCAGUACCGGAUGGUGCGCAAGGCGUCGGCCUCGGCCGGAGGGGGAGGGGCGGGAGGGGGGAUCCAUGCACCUAAGGACGAGAUUCAGAUGAAGUUGUUCAGCCGGACGAACGGGCAGCCCAGGUCCUCCAUUUCCUCCUCAGGCUCCACCCCUUCCUCCCCCUCUCACCCAAUCAGCAUGUCCACUCGCCCCGGACAGGCCUAUCCCAGCCCUGGAAACACCCAGAGCCCCGCCCACAAGCCGGGGGGCGGGGUGAAGAAAGUGACGGGCGUCGGCGGGACCACCUAUGAGAUUUCAGUCUGAGUUUGACGGGCGGCUACUCCGACUAAUGGCGUCAGGGGUUGAAGGUGAAGGAGGGGUCAGAGAUUGACUGAUGAUAUUUCUGCCUCUCGGACCCUUCAGGAGAGGAAAGCUUUUAAUAAACAGACGUUUUAAAAGUUGGGUGAUGAGGAAGAGUGAAACGACAGACUUUUCUUGCUCUUCUUCCAAAUGCGAUGGACUCCGGACUUCCUCUCUCAUUCAGAGACCUCCAGUCAAGGAACUACAGAACUAUUUGGGAGGAAGUUGUUUAACCAAUCACAUUCAAGAACACAAUACACCAUUAUGACAUGGUGGGCUUACGGGCCCAGGGAGCCAAUCAUAAGAGGCGGGACUCUUUGACAAUCCACCAAUUUCUGGGCAGAUUGAACUCUGUGGGAAUGAUUGACAGUUACAACUGGGUUUGCCUUUAUUGGAUAAAACAAGGAAGAUCAACAUGGCUGCGUAUACACAGGCAGCUCAAUUCUGAUAUUUUUUUGACCAAUCAGAUCAGCUCUGAGAAAGUAAAAGGAUCUGAUCUGAUUGGGAAAAAUACAUCUGGAUUGGGCUGCUUGUAAAAACAGCCCAUAUUUUAAAGAGAAAAACAAAAAUGUUCUUUCAUUCAUUCAUAAAUGUGUAAUGAUUCAUUCUCUGUACAGAAUUAUAUGGUUUGGAAUUUAUGGUGAUUUCCUCCAAUCAGUGGCAUUUAAAGGUGACUGUGGCAUGCACCGGCCACCAUGGACCACUGUGAUUGGCUAGUGAUCACGCUGCCAUUCUCUCUCGACCAAUCAGAAAUGGAGAUGCUAAACUGUAGUAGACGGCAGGAUCAUUGGUAGAGUUCGUUUUUGGCCUGGCCUGGUUCCCCGAGUGGGCGGAGAUUUCACUUAAGGACCAAUGGAAUGAUAAAAAAAUAAGAAACUCGACCAGUGACACAAUCAUCGGGUCUGUACUAAAGAUGGAGCAGCCUUUUCUAAACAAACUUUGGAGCAAUGGCCUUGAUAAUCAAGGUGUUUUUUUUUAUUUUACUUAUUUAAUUUCAAAAUGUUAUUUUAUAUGAAUUUAUAUAUAGCUGUUGAUAAGAUUUUUUUUUUAACGGGCUGAUAUAGGGUUUUUCUGGUUUGAGUUAAUUUCAGAAUUAUAACCAAACAGGAAAGAAACUGUUGCCGCGUUCAAGUGCUAGUCGGAACUUGGGACAUUUCUGACUUAUUAACUGGUUUUAGUUAAACACGUGCCACGUUCAACCAGGUAGCAAGUCGAAAAUGUCAGUUUCCUAGUUCCGACUAGCACUGGAAUGCGGCUAAUUUGGAUUGAUGGCUGCACCAGCCAAUCAGAGGCUGAGUUUUGAGUAUUCAGCCAAAGAGAGGAGCUGGACAAUGAUAUGGUUCAGCCAAUGGGAAACAAUGUAUUUGAUAAAAGAAGGCGAUGUAGCAUUUUUAAAGUCCUUUGAUACACAGUAACCACUCGACUUCUCUUGGGGCAUAUUUCAGAAAUACCCCGCUGUACUUUCUGAUUGUUUACUUCUGAGCUUUGUAAUGGGUGUGUCUGAAAUGGAACCCUUUUCACUAUAUAGUGCACUACUUUUGACCAGGGCCUAAAAGACUCUGGUCAAAAGCAGUGCACUAUGUAGGGAAUAGAAUGCCAUAACACACACCCAAUGUUUUGUUUUAUUGGUCCGGAUACUGACAUCUCUGGUUGCAGUCCACUAGCUGACCUAUUGAGAAACUAGCGAGGAUCACAUGCUUUGGCGCGACCAAUCCAAAGAGAGCAAGAGAUUCAUAUCAACCUACUCUUAUAUUCGUUAAUGGUUUAAACCAAUGAUGAGCAGCUGAAAGUCAGUAACAUCCUUUUUAUAUUUAAUUUGUACUUUUCUUUUUUUUGCAAGAUUUUAAGACAAUUUACAGGGCAUUGCUUUAGACUGACAGUUUGUUUGACCAGUCAGGAGCGUAGAAUGAAACAAAAUGGUCUAGGACUAAAAAAAAGCACGUCGCCCAAUAUGUUUGACUGCCAUCAGGAACAGCCAAUGCCCUUACAGAUGAUGUUUAGACAAGUACAGGCCCUGGACUUGGGUGUUUUGAAAUAAAUAAAUCAAAUUUAAAAAGUACUGUAUAGCUCUGUAUGUGUGUGGGCGUGUGCAUGUGUGUAUGUGCGUGUGUGUUUGAGCAUUGGUAAUAAAGUAUUUAAAACCAAA